AUGACUGGGUACCUGUUACAAAGGAGGUUGAGACACCUGCAAUGUAUAACCGUGGUUAACGCCGCCUUGCUACUCCUACGGCCCAAUCUUGAAGGACCAGAGAAUAAGACCCUGGAAGUGAUCAGAUGUGUACCAUGUUUCUAUACCUUAGAGACAGCAAAAGGACAGCUGGUCUACGUUAGUGAGGUGCAAUCAAGUGUACUUAACAACGUGCCAUUUAAUGAGGUAAGGUUCACCGGUGACUCGACAAUGCAUUUGACACUUAAAGUAAUCGCGCGGGUCCCAAAUGAAACCUUACAGGACGGGUGUAAUGAGACUGUUUGGGCUGUUGCGGCAACGUAUCAUGUUGAUUUGAACCAUCUGGUUGAGGUUGAGUUGGAUGUGAUGAGUGUUCAAGAUUAUAAUGCCCCCAUUAUGAAGAUGACAGAUGGGACGUUUACGUUGAGAUCUGUUAAAACACAACGCACAAGCCCACUUAUUAUGGGAAAUGCUUACACAAAUCCGGUCAAGGCAUCCCCGAUAAAUAUCGUGAAGUCGUUUAGUUACAAUCAGAUGCUCAAGUUGAAUAAGAUCUUGGAGUACAGGGACAACGUGUAUGGAGAGAGGAGCACGAUUUCGCAACGGUUGGAGGAGAACAUUAAUCGGCACAGGCGGCACUCCAGGAUACAUUUGUCUAAAGAAAGGGCUUUCAACUCGAUAAGGGAGCUUGAAAACAGUUUGGAUAUAAAACAGAGACGACUACGUGAAUUGAGCCGUCUUUUGAGUGCCAACGAAAUAAGCAAAGUUGAUUCAUCCUUCGAGGACCCGAUCUGGCACGAUCAGUACGCCACUCUUUACUCCAAUCUAAUCCAAACAAGGGCCCGUCUGUUUAACCUAAGAAAGAGGAAAAUCCAUCAAAUUGUUACGGUAUUUGGCUCAUUGAUUAACCUCAAAUUCGGGCUUAUAGACUGCCGAAACAAUCAGCUGAAAUUGAAUACUGUCGACUUCGGGUUACUCAUGGAGGUCAUCAUGUCCUCGCCGUCUCCAGAGGCCUGCCGUAUGGAGAUAAAUAUAGCGUUAGGGUACUAUCUGCUGCUGGUGUCAUUACUGUCUUCUACUGCACUGGCCGUCGACCUCCCGCAUAUCUUAUUUUAUUGCGGGAGCAACUCUGUCGUGGAUUGCAAGUACCCAUUCUACAUAUCCGACGCACAGUCUCAAAAGCAGAUGAAGAAGUUUCAAGAUGGGGUGCUCUCGUUCAACGUUAACGUUCUUCAAAUUAGGCAAUUUUUGGAUUAA